GGCGGUCUGGGGUAUCCUUUCCGCGCAGGCACCUCCCCCUACCCGCUGGACUUCAACUCCCAAGGAUCCUCACCUCAAAGCCAGCCCCGGAAGCGGCUUGUCACCGGAAGUGACGCAUGAAGCAGACAGGUGGAGGGAGCGGGUGAAAAUGGCUGAGUAUUUAGCUUCGAUUUUCGGGACGGAAAAGGACAAGGUUAACUGCUCUUUUUACUUUAAGAUUGGGGCUUGCAGGCACGGGGACCGGUGCUCCCGGCUCCACAACAAACCCACGUUCAGUCAGACCAUUGUGCUGCUUAACCUGUACCGGAACCCUCAGAACACGGCCCAGACAGCGGAUGGAUCCCACUGUCACGUCAGUGAUGUAGAGGUGCAAGAACAUUAUGACAGUUUCUUUGAGGAAGUGUUCACCGAACUGCAGGAGAAGUAUGGGGAGAUCGAGGAGAUGAAUGUCUGUGAUAACUUGGGGGACCACUUAGUAGGGAACGUCUACGUCAAGUUCCGGAGGGAAGAAGAUGCCGAGCGCGCUGUGACUGAGCUCAACAACCGUUGGUUCAAUGGACAGGCGGUUCAGGCUGAGCUCUCUCCCGUCACCGACUUCAGAGAGUCCUGCUGUCGGCAAUAUGAGAUGGGCGAGUGCACCAGGGGCGGCUUCUGCAACUUCAUGCACCUUCGGCCAAUCUCCCGGGACCUCCGCCGGCAGCUGUAUGGCCGUGGCCUGAGAAGAAGGGGACCAUCUCCCACGAGACCUGGAGGGGGACACCGCCCUCGAGAAAGGAACCGCAGACGCUCUCCGGACCACCGCCACGGACGCUUCUGAGACCCCCCCUCCCCAGGACAGAUGCUGCUGUGGUCUUCCUCUCCCCUGCUUUGCUCUGCCACAUUCAGGCUUGGGGGACCCAGGGGCCUCCGGGUCCCUCCAUUUCUCUUCAAGGAACACGGGAAGGGCAGGAACCCCCUCCCUCCUUCCCCCAAUAAAAUUUCUUGUCUGCUUUUUA